CGGCAACAUGAAUUCAUAGAUGAUGAGUAGGAUGCCAAAGCCAGAGAUGACAGUGCUCUUGAAGAAAUGCUGGGUAGAACAAAAAGAUGAUCAUGGGAACAGCAAUGGCAGCCAUGUAAAAAUCUUUUUACCGAAGAAGCUGCUUGAAUGUCUACCAAAAUGUUCAAGUUUACCGAAAGAGAGGCACCGCUGGAACACUAAUGAGGAAAUUGCAGCUUAUUUAAUAACGUUUGAAAAGCACGAAGAAUGGCUAACAACUUCCCCUAAAACAAGACCGCAGAAUGGUUCUAUGAUCCUGUACAAUAGGAAGAAGGUGAAAUACAGGAAAGAUGGAUAUUGCUGGAAGAAAAGGAAAGAUGGGAAAACCACCCGAGAGGAUCACAUGAAACUGAAAGUCCAAGGAGUGGAGUGCCUGUACGGCUGCUACGUCCACUCCUCCAUCAUCCCCACGUUUCACAGAAGGUGCUACUGGCUUCUGCAGAACCCAGACAUCGUGUUGGUGCACUACCUGAACGUCCCUGCCAUCGAGGACUGCGGGAAACCAUGCGGCCCCAUCUUGUGCUCAAUAAACACAGACAAGAAGGAAUGGGCAAAGUGGACAAAAGAGGAACUCAUCGGACAGCUCAAACCGAUGUUUCAUGGCAUUAAGUGGACGUGCAGCAAUGGAAACAGCAGUUCAGGGUUCUCGGUGGAACAGCUCGUGCAGCAGAUCCUCGAUAGUCACCAGACCAAGCCGCAGCCUCGGACACACAACUGUCUCUGCACUGGUACCUUGGGGGCAGGAAGCAGUGUGCAUCACAAGUGUAACAGUGCCAAACAUCGCAUCAUAUCACCAAAGGUCGAACCAAGGACAGGUGGGUACAGCGCUCAUUCAGAGGUACAAAAUAACGAUGUCUCUGAAGGCAAGAACGAGCACAGUCAUGGCAAGGCCUCCAGCCGAGAGAAGAGGAACGGCAAAGUGGCGAAACCGGUGUUGCUCCAUCAAAACAGCACUGAGGUUUCUUCCACCAACCAGGUGGAGGUCCCUGACACGACCCAGAAUUCUCCCGUGUCCAUCAGCAGUGGAUUAAAUAGCGACCCGGAUAUGGCGGAUAGCCCGGCCGUCACUGGUGUGUCCAGUAUGGCUGUAGCAUCGGUUAUGGGAAGCUUGUCACAAAGUGCCACCGUAUUUAUGUCAGAAGUCACCAGUGAAGCUGUGUAUACCAUGUCACCCACCUCCGGCCCAAAUCAGCACCUUCUGUCCUCAGAUGCAGCUGCACAAGGACUGGUACUUGCUGUGAGUUCAGAUGGACACAAAUUUGCUUUUCCAACGACCGGCAGUUCAGAGAGCUUGUCGAUGCUACCCAGCACUGUCUCCGAGGAACUCGUGCUCUCCACAACUUUAGAUGGAAAUAGAAAAAUUCCAGAAACCACCAUGAAUUUUGACCCAGACUGUUUUCUUAACAAUCCCAAGCAAGGGCAGACUUAUGGUGGAGGAGGUAUGAAAAAUGACAGCAUCAGUACCAACAUAAGGCAGUCACCCACAACGGAACGUAGCUUCAACUUCAAUACAACCCUCACAAAAGAAAUUAAAACUGAGGACACAUCUUUCGAACAACAGAUGUCCAAAGAAGCAUUUUCCUCCACUUCUGCAUCUAACACUCUCACCCUCACUACUGGUUCAGGUUUGCUUCCAUCGGGAGGAGGUCUGAGCCCAAGUACCACCCUGGAGCAGAUGGACUUCAGUGCCAUUGACUCCAACAAGGACUAUUCUUCCAGCUUCAAUCAGACCGUCCAGAGCCCUCACGUUCAUCAGACCCCUUCCCCCAGCUUCUUUCUGCAGGAUGCCAGCAAACCUCUUCCCCUUGAGCAAAACACUCACAACAAUCUGAAUGACACAAGUGGCUCAUUUGUGAACACGUUAGGAAUCCCCAGUGUGAAAACAGAGUCCUCGUCCCAAACCACUUCCAACUGUAACGGCACAGUGGAAACCAGAAUAGAGUCCACCUCUUCUCUCCAGCUCAUGCAGUUCCAAGCAAACUUCCAGGCUAUGACUGCAGAAGCUGAAGUUCCCAUGGAGACCUCCCAGCAGGCAGAAGGGAACGAAAAUCUACUUAAAUCAGGGGAUCUUCAAGCCUGCAGCACAGAACACUACUUGCAGCCUGAGGCCAACGGGGGUAUCAGGAAUGGGAACAAUCUCCCUAUUCUCCAAGGAAACAUGGUACAAGGACUCUAUCCUGUGGCCCAUCCCAGCUUAAAUAACUCCUCCAACAUGGAGCUUAACUUGGACCACUUUGACAUCUCCUUCAGCAACCAGUUUUCUGAUCUAAUUAAUGAUUUCAUAUCGGUGGAAGGUGGGAGCAAUGCUCUCUAUGGACACCAGCUGGUGUCAGGCGACAGUGCCGGACUGUCUCAGCCUGAAGACAGUAACAGAGCAACCUACAACCAGGCUGAAAUGUGCAUUCCUUGCUGCAGUCCUCAGCAAGCCAACAUGCAGCUCAGCAGCACAGAGAACGGAGCCAGCACGAUGGCGUACAUGCAUGUGGCUGAGGUGGUCUCAGCAGCUGCGGCACAAGGCACUUUGGGGUUGCUGCAGCAGAGUGGGCGCUUGUUCAUGGUGACAGAUUAUUCACCAGAAUGGUCUUACCCUGAGGGAGGAGUAAAAGUCCUAAUUACUGGUCCAUGGCAGGAAGCCAGCAAUAAUUACAGCUGUCUGUUUGAUCAGAUCUCAGUGCCUGCAUCUUUAAUUCAGCCAGGGGUACUGCGCUGCUACUGCCCAGCUCAUGACACUGGGCUCGUGACUUUGCAAGUUGCCUUCAACAAUCAGAUCAUCUCCAAUUCUGUGGUGUUUGAAUAUAAAGCCAGAGCUCUGCCAACCCUGCCUUCCUCCCAGCAUGACUGGCUGUCCUUGGAUGAUAACCAGUUCAGGAUGUCAAUAUUGGAGCGACUUGAGCAGAUGGAGAGGAGAAUGGCUGAAAUGACAGGCUCCCAGCAGCACAAACAAGGAGUAGGAGGCGGGAGCAAUGGAAGUGGGAACGGAGGAACGCAGGUGCAGUGCGUUUCUGGGACUGGGACACUGGGCAGCUGCUUUGAGAGCCGCGUGGUGGUGGUGUGCGAGAAGAUGAUGAGUCGUGCUUGCUGGGCAAAGUCCAAACACUUGAUCCAUUCAAAGACUUUCCGAGGAAUGACACUGCUCCACCUAGCCGCUGCCCAGGGCUAUGCUACACUGAUCCAGACCCUCAUCAAAUGGCGCACCAAACAUGCAGACAGCAUCGAUCUGGAGCUGGAAGUUGACCCGUUGAAUGUGGAUCAUUUCUCCUGCACUCCUCUGAUGUGGGCAUGUGCCCUGGGCCACAUGGAUGCAGCAGUUGUGCUGUACAAGUGGGACCGCCGAGCCAUCUCUAUUCCGGACUCCCUUGGGAGGCUGCCGCUGGCCAUUGCCCGGUCUCGGGGCCACGUGAAGUUGGCGGAGUGCUUGGAGCAGCUGCAGCGAGAUGAGCAAACUCAGCUCGGGCAAAAUCCCAGGAUUCAGUGCCCCUCAAGCACAGACUCCAACACAGAGAACUGGGUGUCCCAGUGGCACAGUGAGCUUAUCGCCUCUCAGGAGCCUCAGAAGGGAGUCACUGUGAUUUCCAGUACAAACACAGAGCUGAGACGACCAAGAUCAGAACCUUCCAGUUACUACAGUAGUGAGACUCAGAAAGAUUACCCUGCACCCAAAAAACAUAAGCUGAGCCCUGAAUAUUUUCAAGCCCGGCAAGAGAAGCUGCUUUCCACUGCGCUGAGCCUGGAACAGCCAAGCAUCAGGAAGCAGAACUCCAGCUCCAAGCAAUCCGCCACUGAGACAAUCAGCCCCAGUGAAGGGAUAAGGGACUAUGGCCGGGAGCUCUCCCAGCACAUCCCAGAAGUUACUGGGUACCGGGGCUCUGGCAGCCAAGCAGGCAUCAAAUGGAACCCAAAAGACAUUUAUAUUGGUGUGUCUGCAGUGCAGGUGGCAGGGAGCCAGAAGGGGCCUGCGCUGGGGAAGGACACUGUAGCCCAUCGGCUACGCCAGCGCGAGCAGAUGAACGUGCUGAUGAUGGCUGACAGGGAGAUGGUGGAUGCAGAGCUCUUGUCCUAUAGGGACAAUGCAGGGGAUGAGGACUGCUUACACCACAUGGAUGACUUGCAGGUGAACAUGAUGACACUUGCGGAGCACAUUAUUGAAGCUACGCCUGACAGGAUCAAGCGGGAGAAUUUUGUGCCAAUGGAGUCACCGCUGGUGGAGAGAACGGAGAGUGCUGCCAUGAGCACCACGAUGAGCUGGCUGGCCAGUUACCUUGCUGAUGUCGAUCAUCUGCCAAGUGCUGCACAGAUAAGAAGUCUGUAUAGUGAACCCCUGACCCCUUCUUCGAACACCAGCUUGAGCCCUGCAGGCUCACCAAUCAGUGAAAUAGCUUUUGAGAAACCCAGACUUCCCUCGGCAGCAGAUUGGUCUGAAUUUCUGAGUGCAUCCACCAGCGAGAAGGUAGAAAAUGAGUUUGCACAGUUAACUCUGUCUGAUCAUGAGCAGAGAGAACUCUAUGAAGCUGCCAAACUCGUCCAGACAGUGUUCAGGAAAUAUAAGGGUCGUCCUCUCCGGGAACAGCAAGAGGUGGCUGCUGCUGUUAUUCAGCGUUGCUACCGAAAAUACAAACAGCUUACUUGGAUAGCCUUGAAGUAUGCACUUUAUAAAAAGAUGACGCAAGCUGCCAUUCUUAUCCAGAGCAAAUUCCGAAGUUAUUAUGAGCAGAAAAAAUUCCAGCAGAGCCGACGAGCUGCGAUGCUGAUCCAGCAGUACUAUCGCAGCUACAAAGAAUGUGGGAAGAGGAGGCAAAACCGGCGGGCAGCCACCAUUGUACAACAGAAACUCAGAAGCAGUCUGCUUACCAAGAAGCAGGAUCAAGCUGCUCGCAAGAUUAUGCGGUUUUUACGACGCUGCCGCCACAGCCCACUGGUGGACCAUAGGCUGUACAAAAGGGGGCUGAAUGUAUUUGGAGCUCAAAUGUGUGUGUUCAGUCGCAGACCGCGUGCUCUGGGGUGUCAUUCUUAUUGGGCCUUUCUGUCUUUUUUGUUUUGCUGCCCAAAUGAGAUCUCUGGAAAAAGGCAAGAGCUCCCUUUUCUUAAAUGUCCCACAGGCCAUUUCGGCUCUCAGAGCAACAGAGUGAAAGAAUUGAAAAAGGCCAAGGAACUUGAAGAUACGCAGCAGCAUCCCGUAGCAAUGUGACAUUGCUUUUCAGACUGUUUUCAUUUUCUGUUUUUAGCAGAGACAUGCAACAACAACAACAACAAAAAUACCCACUGCAGUUCUGGAAAUACCAGCUGCAGGAUUUUAACAGUAAUGUUUUGGUCAUUGCAUUUGCACUUUCAUGGACAACUUUUAAUUUGUUCAGCAAGACAUCUUGGAACUCAAUCUUCUGUUGGAUCAUGGGGAAAACAAAAGACACCAGGAGGAAAUUGUGAGUUGCUUCAUUCUCCGAGAAGGAAGAAGCGAUUAAUUAUCCUUUUCAUAUAGGGCUGUAUUAAACAACAUGUGGAACUGUACAAAUAUUAUACCAAAAAUAUUGUUAAGAAAAGGUGGGAAUGCACAAGCAACACAAGAAUGCUGUUCCUGCACCUGUCAGUCAUCUCCAAGAAACUGAAGCUUUGAGAGUCUCAGUGGAGGGGCUUAGAUCAGUACAUCUUUAUUGGGUCCAUGCAUCCUCAUUUCCUUCGCACUUCUGUCCUUUGUGUUUUAUUUAAAUCUCUACAGCACACUUAAUGCAACUUUUUAAAUCUGCAGGUUUUUAAUACAUCCCGUGGGAACUUACAGAAGGGGUUGGUGUAUGAGAUAAACGGGUAACGCGUGAGGAACGGAGCGAGCAGCUUAAGCGAGUUUUAACAAGUUUUUUUGGUAUUUUUACUAGAACCUGCAAACGUAUCAGUUGUCAUGUCCUUUCUCUCAUAUUCAGCACUUUAUUUUCUAGCCUUACUUUCAUGUACUAUUAUUUACAUUAAGUUCUUAAACUACUUUGUAAAACAUGUAGCUUUUUAUCUUAAGUACUUGUCAAACCUCUCGUCAUUUUGCAGAGUCACAUACAUAUGUUGCCUGGACAUUUUAUACCACCUAAAGAUCAGAGUGGUGCUGCAUUCUGGCCAGUAAAUUUCUUAUUUUGGCUACUUCAUCAAAAUCUGGGCAGUUUCUGUAUAUAUAGAAGGUAGAAAUGGAAAAUGAGAAAAAAUAUUUGAAAGGGAAUAUAUUGAUUAAUUACUAAAUAUUUUAUUCACAAAGGGUCAAUAACUUGGCAAGAUAAAAUUAUUAUUUGUAUAGUUUUGUCUGAAUGAACGAGAAGAGUGUGGAUGUAUUGUUUGUACAUAUUGUAUAUAUUCAAACAAAGAGAUAUGUGCAUGAACUCAAGAAAAAGAAAUGAACAAAGCAAAGCAUUAGUGGCUAUGGUCUGUAAAAUGAAACAAAAACUUUAUUUCACUAUAAGAAACUUUAUUUUAAAUGUUCUUUAGAAGAACAUUUUUGCUAAAGCAUGACUAAAUGGCAAAAAAGAGCUACUGUAUUUAGACUUAGGAAAAAAGGCAGAGCAACAUUACUUAAAAAAAAAAAAAAAGGAAAAAAAAAAGGAUAUGUUUACAUUUGAUUUUGGCUACCAGGAGUUUGGUUUGGUUGGAUUUAAUUUAUUUAUUCCUUCCUUCUUUUUUUUUCCCCCGUCUUUUUUUUUUUCUUUUGCCAAUGGUGCCAAGUAAUGUGAAUGCUAAUAUUGCUUAAGAAAAUUAAGUUACUUUUGCAAAGCAGAUAAUCAUAAGAGUACAAAAACCGUAUCUAGCUUAACACCAUACACUCACUCCAAUAAAGAACACUUAGAAUGAACAUAAA